AUGGUGAUGAAUUCCAGAAAGGUGCUGGUGGUGGUUCUUCUAACAACUGCAACCAGUUCUAUCCUCGUCUCCUCACAGUUUGUUACAGCUACUGUCAACUGCCAAUGUGCUACUGGUACUGUCAACUGCCAAUGUGUUACUGGUACUGUCAACUGCCAAUGUGUUACUGCUACUGUCAACUGCCAGUGUGUUACUGCUACUGUCAACUGUCAAUGUGUUAUUGCUACUGUCAACUGCCAAUGUGUUAUUGCUACUGUCAACUGCCAAUGUGUUACUGCUACUGUCAACUGCCAAUGUGUUACUGCUACUGUCAACUGCCAAUGUGUUACUGCUACUGUCAACUGCCAAUGUGUUACUGCUACUGUCAACUGCCAAUGUGUUACUGCUACUGUCAACUGCCAAUGUGUUACUGCUACUGUCAACUGCCAAUGUGUUACUGCUACUGUCAACUGCCAAUGUGUUACUGCUACUGUCAACUGCCAAUGUGUUACUGCUACUGUCAACUGCCAAUGUGUUACUGCUACUGUCACUUCCUAG